AUGGCUAUAGUUGAAACUAAAUAUAAGUGUUCAAACGCUCAACAUCCCAAAGCAUUAAAUGCUGCUUUCUACUUGUACGCUGAUAAUGCCAAAAUCAGAGUCCGCAAAACAUUUUUUAUUAAUACGUUGGGGAUAACAAGUAAAAUGAUUCGCACAGUAAGAUAUAAGACUAACAAUUGCAAUUCUGUUGAAGAAGCUGGAAGAGGCAAAAAUAAUAGUCAUAGACGCGUGGAUGAUAAUCUGAAAGAAGAUAUCAUUAGAUUUAUCAAUCUAAUACCACGAAUUGAAACGCAUUAUUUAAGAGCGUCAACCUCAAGAGAGUUUAUAAGUGGACCGAAAAGUAUUACUGACUUGUUUAGAGACUUUCAAGAAAAACAGAAGAAAUUCUCCCGAGAUCCUGGAAAGUUUGAUUUGUUUUAUGAGAUUUUUACUACCCAUUUUAAUUUGGGUGUUUUUCAACCCAAGAAAGAUCAAUGCCAUCUUUGUUUAAAACUCUAUGUUGAUAGUUUAAGAGAGAAAAAUGUUGACAAAAUUCCAAGCCAAUCGCUUUAUGAAAAAGUGUUGAGACGUGAUUUAAAUCUUAGGUUUAAACCUCCACAAAAAGAUAGCAGUCAAACAUUGAACAUUGAAAUAAAGGCAGCGGAGGAAAACAAAGAUGAAGCAACGUUAAAAGCUAAGAAACUAAACCAGGAACUACACCACAGAAAAGUACAGUUAGCCCACUCACAACUAAAUCAAGACGUGAAUAUUGAUUUACCAGAAUAUGUAACAUUUGAAAAUGCUGUGCCCGGAACAUCUUCGGAAUUCCCACGUGGUUCUAUAGCAACUUCAAACACGAAAGUUGAAUAUAAAUGGAACGAAAAUGAUUCUAAAUUAUUAUUAGAUUUGUAUUUAAAAUUGAAAUCUAAAGUAGGAACGUUGGAAAUAAAAAAUGCAAAAGUACUGUGGCUGAGAAUAGCUGGAGAAUUAAAUAGUGUUGGCAUACCAGCAACUCCCAAAAAUUGCUUAAAUCGGUGGAGGUUGCUGGAAAGAAACUAUAAGAAAUUUGUUGACAAUCAAAAUAAAACGGCUAGAGGGCGUAAAUAUUUUGAGUACGAGAAGGAGAUGGAUCAGAUUUUUGGAAACAAAAAAAACGUUAACCCCGAAAUAUUGUUAAGUAGUGAUACUUACCAUAUAAUAGAGGAAAAGAAACAGGAUGUAGAUGAGGAUGUAUGUCAGAAUACUGAACAUAUUGAAGAAAUUCCAUGUACACAAACACCUAAAACGCCUAUCAAAAGGCUUCGAAAUAAAAACUCCGAAUUACAAAAAAUGAGAAUGGACAGAGCAAAUUAUUACCAAGAAAGACUGGUGAUCGAGAGGGAAAAGUUAGAACAACUUAAAAGAAGAAAUGACGACAUUGAGAGGAGAACAAAGAUCAAGGAAGAAAAGAACAUGCUAAUUGAAGCACAAAAUAAGCUCCUUGAAGAAAAAAAAAAUAUUUUAAAGCAAGCAGCAAAAGUUCCAUAA